AUGGAUAAAGAAUCACUAAGUCACGACGAAUACACCGAGUCAGGGGGGCUUGAGCAUGUCGAGUACCCUCAGGGUCAAGUCCCGCAAGAAGUUAUCGACGCUGAAAUUGCGCAACUUGCUGAAAAGUACGGUAUAAAUCAAAGGAAACUCAUGUUCAAGGUCGACAUUUGUGUCAUUCCUGUCAUCUGUAUCCUCUACAUUCUUGCCUUCCUGGAUCGAGUCAACAUUUCCAACGCCAAUGUUUACGGAAUGAGUAAAGAUCUCAAUCUCUACGGUGACCGUUUCAAUACCGCUCUUGCAAUCUUCUUUGUUCCUUAUGUUGUCGCUGAAAUUCCUUCGAACUGGCUCAUGAAGAAGUUCACGCCGCACGUGUGGUUGACAGGCAGCAUGCUACUGUUUGGAGUAACUCUUCUGGGUCAGGGCUUCGCCAACAACUACUCUGCACUCCUGGCCACACGGUUUUUACUAGGACUCUUUGAAACAGGAAUGUUUCCCGGGUCUUUCUACCUGAUCUCCAUGUGGUACCGACGAGAAGAGGCCCAAAAGCGAUACUCUUUCUUCUUUUCAAGCACAACCCUGGCCGGAGCCUUUGGAGGUCUCAUUGCCGCAGGUAUUCAUAAUCUCGAUGGAGACAAAGGCCUCGCUUCGUGGCGGUGGAUCUUCAUCAUUGAAGGUGCCUGUACUGCUUUCAUCUCUAUCAUCAUGUUCUUCUUAAUGGCCGACUUCCCAGAGGACGCUAAAUUCUUAACUGAGAAUGAGCGGCAGUUCAUGAAAGAGAAGCUUGAAGUAGGAAAUGCAGGUGCCAGUGAAGCCGAGAGACCCAUGACUUGGAAAGACGUUAAGAGUGUCUUUUCUGACUGGAAGGUGUGGGUCAUGGGGUGGAUGUACUUCGGCACCAUUGUACCUGCAUACGGAUACGCUUACUUCGGGACAGCUAUUGUUAAGACGUUAGGAUAUUCUGAUGUCAAGACCCAGCUGUACUCGGUCCCUCCCUGGGUGGCGGCCUUUGGUUUCUCAAUGUUGGCAGCCAUCUUCUCAGACUACCUCAGACAUAGAUUCUAUUUUGCAGUGUUCGCCGGUAUCGUUGCUAUAGCUGGUCUGGCAGUUGUUAUUGGCGUACACGACAAAAUUGGAACUCGAUAUGGCUCUCUGUUCAUGAUCUGUGCCGGAACCUACACUGCUAUGCCUCUGUUUGUGUGUUGGACCCAAAUGAACUUCUUAGGCCAUCAUAGGCGAGCUAUCGCGUCAGGAUGGCAGAUUGGGUUCGGAAACUGCGCUGGGUUCAUUUCGACCUUUGUUUUCCAAGCAAACGACGCUCCAUUUUAUACGCCUGGUUGCGCCGUUUGUCUUGCCUUCGCUUGUCUCUCGCUUGUUAUGCAGUUUGUCUAUGCCGCUGGAAUCACCUGGGAAAACAAACGAAAGCGAACACCAGAAUACAUUGAAAAGUUCAACGCUCUCUCCGAAGAUGAUAGGAGAAUCGCAGGAGAGCUAAAUCCCAGCUUCUUCUACUACUAUUAA